AUGGGAAUUAUUUCAUCAAAAAAUGAAAAUGAUGACAGUCGCAUUGGGCCGUUGUUCGUAGCUACAGGAAAGAAUGUUUCUGUCAAUCUCAAUCGAAGUGUGCCACCGGCGACAAAAAAGGAUUUUUCUGUUAUGAAGCAUAUUCUAUGCUGUAAAUCAGAUACAACGAAAGUGACAGCAGUCAAGACACGUGUUGUUCAAGUUCAUUAA